UUAUUUUUGAGAGAGAGAGACGGUAUGAGCGGAGGAAGGGCAGAGAGAGGGAGAGACAGAAUCCCAAGCAGGCUCCACACUGUCAGCGCAGAGCCCGAUGUGGGGCUCAAACCCACAAACCGUGAGAUCACGACCGGAGCCGAAAUCAAGAGUUGGGACACUUAACCGACUGAGCCACCCAGGUGCCCCUAUGUUAUUAUUUUGGAGUCCUGGCCUGAGCUUUGAUUGCGUAGUUGAAUCCUUCUGAGAUAGAUGAAUUUUUAAGCAAUAAAAUGUUGUCAAAACCUAGGAAAACAAAGAGCCCAGUGAUUUGGUAUGAGUGAGCAGACCUGGCUUGAUUUAAAGCAUCUUGGCAGAUACAGUCCCUGCAGGUGAAGAGCUUCUGGCUUGUUCUUCAGGAUAACAUAUGUUUCGUAGACUCCUUUGAUGAGCAAAGAACUUUUCUUCCCACAUGUUUGGAUUUGACAGUGUGACACCGAACACUGUAGUCCAGACUUAGGUCCUGUGUUUGGUCCUUGGCACACCAGUGACGGAGCUGCUGUGACCCUGGUGGCCUCAGGUGCUCACCAGCCUUGCCCUCUCCCUUCCUCUCCAUCUGGCCAGGGCUCUCCUCUCUGAUAGGAAGAGUGGCGGUUCUGGUCAGGUUGGAGGUGUGUGGACGUGGGCAGAGUGCCUGUGUCCCCUGGGUCAGCUUGAGCUCCUGCUAUGAUUUCAUCCCACAAAGCAACACAACCAUCUCAGUUGAAAAGGAAAAGAGAGCGAGAUCUAAUUGAAUGUAGCAGCCUUCGGUAUUUGCUUAAAAUGCUGCAUGAGAGACCCGAAUUGCUAAGAGCAGGUUCUAGGGGGAAAUUCUGAAAUUGCAAACUGCAGCCCUUUCUCCUCCCGCUUGGUUUGGCUGAUUUCCAAAGCAUCCAGGCCAGCAAUUGAGGGACUGAAAUGUAAUCGGUGGCAAUACAUUUGUACCACAUGAAUCGUUCUCUGCCUCCAAAGCCUCCCGUGGCUGUGGGAACAGCACAGCAGCAGCAACAGCUCCUGGCUGCUGGACUCUGCAGGGAGGGAAGACUGGAUCACAAUGUCCCAGCAGAAAUGCAUUGUGAUCUUCGCCCUGGUAUGCUGCUUUGCCAUUCUUGUCGCGUUGAUAUUUUCUGCCGUGGACAUCAUGGGAGAGGAUGAGGAUGGUCUCUCAGAAAAAAAUUGUCAAAAUAAAUGUCGAAUUGCCCUGGUGGAAAAUAUUCCUGAAGGCCUUAACUAUUCAGAAAAUGCACCAUUUCACUUAUCACUUUUCCAAGGCUGGAUGAAUUUACUCAACAUGGCCAAAAAGUCUGUUGACAUAGUGUCUUCCCAUUGGGAUCUCAACCACAGUCAUCCAUCAGCAUGUCAGGGUCAACGUCUCUUCGAAAAGCUGCUCCAACUGACUUCGCAAAAUAUCGAAAUCAAGCUAGUGAGUGAUGUAACAGCUGACUCAAAGGUAUUAGAAGCCUUGAGAUUAAAGGGAGCCGAGGUGACCUACAUGAACAUGACCGCCUACAACAAGGGCCGGCUGCAGUCUUCCUUCUGGAUCGUGGACAAGCAGCAUGUUUACAUCGGCAGUGCCGGCUUAGACUGGCAGUCACUGGGGCAGAUGAAAGAACUCGGUGUCAUCUUCUACAACUGCAGCUGCCUGGUCCUGGAUUUACAGAGGAUAUUCGCUCUGUAUAGCUCAUUAAAAUUCAAGAGCAGAGUGCCUCAGACCUGGUCCAAGAGGCUCUAUGGAGUCUACGACAACGAAAAGAAAUUGCAGCUUCAGCUGAACGACACCAAAUCUCAAGCAUUUGUGUCGAAUUCUCCCAAACUCUUCUGCCCUAAAAACAGAAGCUUUGACAUAGACGCCAUCUACAGCGUGAUAGACGACGCCAAGCAGUACGUAUACAUCGCUGUCACGGACUACCUGCCAAUCUCCAGCACGAGCACCAAAAGGACUUACUGGCCAGACUUGGAUGGGAAAAUCAGAGAAGCCUUAGUUUUGCGAAGCGUUAAAGUUCGACUCCUGAUAAGCUUCUGGAAGGAAACAGACCCCCUUACGUUUAACUUUAUUUCAUCUCUUAAGGCUAUUUGCACUGAAAUAGCCAACUGCAGUUUGAAAGUUAAGUUCUUUGAUCUGGAGAGAGAGAAUGUUUGUGCUACAAAAGAACAAAAAGAUCACGCCUUUCCUAAGUUAAAUCGCAACAAGUACAUGGUGACAGACGGCGCAGCUUAUAUCGGCAAUUUUGACUGGGUGGGGAACGAUUUUACCCAGAACGCUGGCACGGGCCUCGUCAUCAACCAGGCAGAUGUGAGGAACAACAGGAGCAUCAUUAAGCAGCUUAAGGAUGUGUUUGAGCGGGACUGGUACUCGCCCUACGCCAGGACCUUGCAGCCGACCAAACAGCCUAACUGUUCCAGCCUGUUCAGACUCAAACCCGCCUCAAACAAAAGUGCCACGUAUGGUGCCAGCACCAAGGACCCCGCCAGCGCAUAAUGUGAAGGGACUGCCGGGACAGCUCGUGUUUCCUAUUUCUAUAUAAAGGACUUGAGGAGAGAAAA